ACAGUUCAUUUUACUUCCUCUCCCGUUAUGGCUACCAAGUUUUGGGCAUGUUUUCUUCUCCUGUUUGGAAUAAGUGUCGGUUAUGAAAACUUGUGCAGAAAACCAGGUAUAAUUGCAUCACAAAGUUCCGACAGAGGACGUCUUUCUGCAACAAAAGCUGUUGAUAGGAAUUACAUUCAGACAUUUUUAGAGUGCUCACACACUGCGGCUAACAGAACAAUAGCGUGGAUUCAGGUUGACCUGAGGAGACCCUUCAGAGUAAACUCUGUGACAAUUUAUUACAGGAAUGAAAUUAACUGGAAACCAUACCGAUUUCGUCAGUUUUACUUGGAUGUAUCAAACACAUCAGCAGCUGUCUCCACCACAUUAACACCACAGAGGGUGCGAUGCUACAAGGACAACACUACAUACCCAGCCACGCCCCCUGCUGUGAUUGACAUUCCUUGUAGACAGACAUCACGUUAUGUCAUCCUAGAAACCACAUAUAAUGCUCUCGAAAAUCCCCCACUGGAGAAUGGGUCUAUCCUAGAAAUAUGUGAAAUAGAUAUUUUUGGAUGUCGUACUGACUGUUUCGGGGAUACCUGUUACUCAAAUGGUGUAUGUGACACGUGUGGAGGAGGGCACUGGGGACAAACCUGUCUAUACAACUGUCCCUCGAAUUGUUAUAUGGGAUCUUGCGACAAAUAUAGCGGAUUCUGUAAUCGUGGAUGUGAGCCUGGAUUCUGGGGAGUUAACUGUACCGAGAGAUGUAGCGGUCACUGUUUGAAUGAGAUUUGUGAUCAUGGAAAUGGAACCUGUAUCAGAGGAUGCAACGCAAAUUUUGCAGGAGAAAUGUGUCAAA